GAGUACACACCUAAGACUGCGCGAAGAACAGCGUCUGCUGUUUUUUUCAUUCCGCUGCAUUUAGCUUCACUGAAAUGUGAGUGUAUAAUUCAACGUAUUGUCCAGCAUUAAAGCAGUCGCUUAAUUUCAGGAAAGACAUACGUUAGAAGAUGGCUUAUUUAACGACGAACCCUGCUGAGAAAGAGAGGUUUUUGUGUAUAUAUCCAGCUUACAUAAACAGUAAAAAGACAUUAGCGGAAGGCCGAAGAAUACCAAGUGAAAAGGCGGUGGAAAACCCUUCAUGUGUUGAAAUUAAGGAUGUUCUAACUGCUGCAGGAAUGAAUGUCUAUGUUGAGAACAAGAUGUAUCCAAGAGAAUGGAAUAGAGAUGUACAGUUCAGAGGCAGAGUGCGAGUUCAAAUCAAAGAAGAGGAUGGAAGCUUGUGUCAAGAUAAGUUUACCUCAAAAAAAGAUGUUAUGUUCUACGUGGCUGAGAUGAUACCGAAAUUGAAGACUAGGACACAGAAAAGUGGGGGCAGUGACUCAGGAGCACAACAAGGAGAAGGAGGAAAGAAGGGAAAGAAAAAGAAGAAGUAACUGCUUUUCUUUAAUUGGAAGAUUCAUCUUGGCAGUUUUUUUUUUGGCAGUUUUUUUGCCAACUGACCAGUACAGGAGCAGAUCAUGAUGGAGGUUUAGACAAUUAAGGUGUGCUUGUUAUUUCUUUUCUUUUUUAAACUAGUUUAAUCAGCUUUGUGGAUACAUGUCAGUAGACAAGCUCUGCAUUUCUGAAGUGUCUGUUUUGUUUAGGGCAGUAAUUCUAAACAGUCUUUUCACAGACUCUUUUGGCUUUAGUUGUGUUAACACCUUGGAACAUACAGAACAUUUAUUGUGUACUGUAAAGAAGAGUUUAUCAAUGGUUUAUCUACAAGAAUGCAGGACUAUUUAAUCAGUUUUAAUUGUAUUUUUUUCAGCAAAGAAUAAAACAUAAAAUAAAAAACGCAGUUGAUUACUUGCUGCUGAUUGCAUUUUAUUUAUUUAUUUUUACCCAGUACAAUUUUCAAAGCAUAUCUUUACAGCUAUGAGUUCAGGAUCUCUUUCCUUUUGGUUUCAGUUCAUAAUAAAUAAUUGCUUUGAUUUCUUAUGCUUAAUGAUUUUACAUUAACUGUUGAAUUGCGCACAUGGUUUUUAUUACUGUCUAACCGUAUUUGUCAAAAGUCUGUUUCAGAAUGUGUUGUAUGUUACAUUGAUGUAAUUAUUUUUUCUUUCAUUGUCUGUUGAGCACCUAAAUGGCUAAGAUACUAUGAAAAUGCUAAGACCACUAUUACUAACCGAUGGACAUCUGUUAUUGUUUCAUUAAAGCACUAAGUAGCACAGUGUUUUUGAA